UUCCGGGUUAGGAGUAAAAAAAACAAAAGAGUAGAAACCGUUUUCGGCGGGUUCGAUAAAAAUGGCGCUGUUGCUCAGUGCAGAAAGCCACCAGAAGAAUAACGACAGAAGGUAGAAGCUCUGUUAAAAUCGAAAAGUUCAGCGCCAUGGCUAGCCUGGAUCAAAAAUCGCCGAAUGUCCUUUUGCAGAGUCUGUGCUGCAGGAUCAUCGGAAAGAGUGAAGCUGACGUUGCUCACCAGUUCCAGUAUGCAGUGCGUGUGAUUGGGAGCAACUACGCCCCCACCAUUGAACGGGAUGAGUUUCUAGUCUCCGAGAAGAUCAAGAAGGAGCUUCUGAAGCAGAGGAGGGAAGCAGAUGCUGCCCUAUUCUCUGAGCUGCACAGGAAGCUCCAGACGCAGGGGGUGCUGAAGCACAGAUGGUCGAUCCUGUACCUGCUGCUCAGUCUUUGUGAAGACCCCCAUAAACCAUCCAGGGUACUCAUUCAUGCUCUAUCAUUUUGUCCUCGGCAGGGUGCCAGCUAUGGGGCGCUGUUUGCACAGGCCCUGCACCGAGACACUCACUCAACCCCCUUCUACUGCGCCCGCCCCCAGAGCCUGUCGCUUAGCCACCCUGAAAGAUCUGGCCUUGCUCAGAACCCCAAUAGCAUGGGCACCAGUGGGUUCAGCAGCCUGGGGGUGUACAGCGUCAAUGGACCGACGGCUGCACCACAGAUUCUGUUGGCAGGGCAGCAGACUGCUGGGGAUACUCUUCGCCAGACCCUGGGGUCCCACCUUGGCUGGAACCUACUCCCCAAUUCCUCCCCCUCUUCUGCACCUGCUUCACGGGGCCCACUUCUGCUCAUCACCCCUCCUGCAAGGGCUGCACCACGGCAACGGAGGGAUGGGGACAGCAAUGCUGAAAUUGGGGAAGCUGCCCUCGUCAGAGACAUUCUUUAUGUCUUCCAGGGAAUCGAUGGCAAGUUCAUUAAAAUGUGCAACCAGGCUAACUGCUAUAAAAUUGAUGAAAAGGUUCCUCUCUCAAGGUCUCUGAGAGACAUAAGCAGCAGGCUGGCUGAACUUGGCUGGCUCCAUAGCAAAGUGAGGAAGUACACGGACGCCCGUAGUUUGGACCGAGCCUUUGGCCUUGUGGGCCAGAGUUUCUGUGCUUCACUUCACCAGGAGCUGAAGGAGUACUACAGACUGCUAUCUGUGCUGCACUCCCAGCUGCAGGUUGAAGAUGACCAAGGGAUGAAUCUUGCGGCAGAGAGCAAUCUGACCCUACGCCGCCUCCUGGUCUGGACCUAUGACCCCAAAGUCAGACUCAAAACCCUGGCAGCCCUUGUGGACUAUUGCCAAGGGCGGAAAGGAGGUGAGCUGGCCUCAGCUGUGCAUGCCUACGGAAUGACAGGGGACCCCUAUAUGCGGGCGUUGGUACAACACAUCCUGGGCCUGGUGUCCCACCCCAUCCUCAACUUUCUGUACCGCUGGAUCUAUGACGGUGAGCUGGAGGACACCUUCCAUGAGUUCUUUGUGGCCUCUGACCCUUCAGUGAAGACGGACCGCUUGUGGCAUGAUAAAUACACCCUGAGGAAGUCCAUGAUCCCUUCCUUCAUCACUAUGGACCAGGCCAAUAAGGUCCUGCUUAUCGGCAAGUCAAUCAACUUCUUGCAUCAGGUGUGUCAUGACCGAACUCCACCUGGGAAAACUGCAUCAAAGUCCACGGACUCGCCUAGAGACGCUGCUGAGCUCUUCACUGACCUGGAGGGGACGUUUCAAGGCAAGAUUGAUGCUGCAUAUUUUGACACCAGCAAAUACCUGUUGAACGUCCUGAACCGGAACUACCUCCUGCUGGAACACCUGCAAGCCAUGAGGCGCUACCUGCUCCUGGGACAGGGGGACUUCAUUAGACACCUGAUGGACCUGCUGAAGCCUGAACUGGCACGUCCUGCCACCACUCUGUACCAGCACAACCUGACCGGGAUCCUGGAGACGGCCGUCAGGGCCACCAAUGCCCAGUUCGACAGCCCUGAGAUCCUCAAGAGACUGGAUGUGCGGCUGCUCGAAGUUUCCCCUGGUGAUACGGGCUGGGACGUCUUCAGUCUGGACUACCAUGUGGAUGGACCCAUUGCCACGGUGUUCACACGAGAGUGCAUGAGCCACUACUUGAGGGUGUUCAACUUCCUGUGGCGGGCGAAGCGCAUGGAGUACACACUGACGGAUAUCUGGAAAGGCCAGAUGUGCAAUGCCAAACUGCUGAAGAACAUGCCUGAGCUGUCUGGAGUGCUGCAUCAAUGUCACAUCCUGGCUUCCGAGAUGGUCCACUUCAUACACCAGAUGCAGUAUUAUAUCACCUUCGAGGUCCUGGAGUGCUCCUGGGAUGAGCUGUGGAAUAAGGUGCAGCACGCACAGGAUCUGGAUCACAUCAUUGCCGCCCACGAGGUCUUCCUCAAUACCAUCAUCACCCGUUGCCUGCUGGAUGCAAACAACAGGUCCUUGUUGAACCAGCUGAGGGCCAUCUUUGACCAGAUCAUAGAGUUCCAGAAUGCCCAGGAUGCUCUGUAUCGCUCUGGCCUGGAAGAGCUACAGCUCAGGCUCCAGUUUCAGGAGAGGAAGAGACAGCGCCAGGAGGAGGGUGAAUGGGGCGUGACAACUGAACAGGAGGCAGAGGAGGGCAGACGUGUUCAAGGGUUCCAGGAAACCAUACCAAAAAUGCGCUCUCAGCUGAGAAUACUCACACAUUUCUACCAGGGGAUAGUACAGCAGUUUCUAGUGUUGCUGAUGACCAGUUCGGAUGAGAGCCUGCAGUUCCUCAGCUUUCGGCUGGAUUUUAAUGAGCACUAUAAGGCCAGAGACCCACGCCUGCGUGCUUCUCUUGGAACCAGCAGGGGGCGACGCAGCUCUAAUAUGUAACUUUUACUCAUCAAUGGCCCAUAAGGCUACCACAGACUCUGUACAUUGCAUCCAAUACAAUAUAAGAAAAUAAAAUGACUGAAAAAAAAUGUAAUAAAAUGAAAUAAUUAUUCCUCUCAGUAGGGCCAGGUCACAGUACUGUUAAGUGAUGUGUGGUUCAGUGUCAGAGAGCUUUAUCUCUGAUGUGAUGGAUGUUUGAUAUUUUUGUUAAAUUAUACAUGGCGUUUCAUUUUAAAUUUUUUCGCACUCAUUUUCCUUUGUUUAAAACUCAUUUACUGUGAACAUGUAUACAUCUUACACAAUAAUUGUGCUUAAAGGUUUUUUCCCCCAGUGUCUUUGUUAAUUCGUGUAGUUUCAUGUAAAAAUAUAUUAUUAUAAAUAUUAUUUGUAGCAAACAUGACAAUGCAAAGAACAGACAUUAUUUGUUUGACCUUUUAUUAACAUGCAGUUUCUUUUUUACGGUUUUGUGUUUUGUCUUUUCAUAGUGACUUUUGUCUUCACAGACUGGAUUUGUUUGUCAGGCUGUUACCCUAUCAGAGGUUACUCAGAGACAAAUUAAUACAGAAAGACAAUUUCUGACUUUUCGUUUUGCAAGCUAUUAAAACCAUGAUAAUUGUGAUAGCAAGGUUGUGCAACUGUGCUUGGAUUGUGUCUCUGUUGAUGAGGCCAGGUUGAAAAUAACUUCCCAAAGCCCAGAUUUAUCCUGUGUAGGUGAGUAGUGCUGUGUUUGCCACUGAACUUGGAGCUUCUGUGAGUCAUGUUUUGCCACAGUCCUCAGUGUUGGCAAAAUAAUAAGGAUGUUUAACUUUAUUUUCUUCCUCGAGAAGAGAGUACGCCAAGGAUUUGUCUUGAGUGUGCCAUCUUUAGAACUGACAUUUUAUGUUAUCCUUGAUUUGUAUAGCACAGAUGUAUAUAACUUGCAUAAAAAGCCAUCUUGUCAUUUCCUCUUUAAUAAAAAAAACCUUUUUAAUGGAA